AAAAAACAAUCCCACAAGUGAACUUGGUUAUUAUUAAUGUGUACUGAUUUGAUAAGCUAUGCAAAGUCCUGUCCCUCUGGAGACAAACUCAUCAAGAACAGACUUUGCCCUACGCAGCUCAUAACAGGAAGCGGAGGGGUACCGGACUAAAAGGUUCGUUGAGAGAUACAAUAUGAACAGAGAGCAGCCUCCCCCUCCGUAUAACCCCUAUUACCCUCCGCAUUAUCCUAAUGCAACACAGGGUAACAUUGGGCAGCCCACCGCUGGCAUGAUGCCCCCCGCUGGGCAGCCCACCGCUGGCAUGAUGCCCCCCGUUGUUGAACAUGUCAAUAUGGGGAUUCCGGACAGUGCUCCGCCAGAAUACUCUCUGGGAUUUGAAGAUGAGAACUGCUUUUCAGAUGCUACCAUAAGAAGAGGUUUCAUAAGAAAAGUGUAUCUGACGCUUAUGGUUCAACUUUUGAUAACUGUUGGAAUCAUCUGUGCUUUUCUUUACUGGGAGACACUCAAGGACUGGGUGAGAGAAACAUACUGGUUUACCUACACUAUGAUGUGCGCAACGUUUGUUCUAAUCAUUGUGCUCAUCUGUUGUGGUAACAUACGUCGCAAAGUUCCCUUAAACUUCAUCUUCCUAGCGCUAUUUACAAUCACAGAAGGCUUUCUCCUCGGAUCAGUGGUAGUGUACUAUUCAGCAGAUGCUGUGCUCUGGGCAGUGGGUGCAACUGCUCUGGUGUCUCUUGCAAUGACUUUGUUUUCACUGCAGUCAAAAUGGGACUUCACAGCUCUAUCAGGGAGCAUAUGGGUAUUAUCCUGGACUCUGUUUUCAUUUGCAUUACUCUGUGCAAUUCUGAGAUCACAGUAUUUGUACAUCCUUUAUGCUUCACUGGGAACUUUGGUCUUCUCUUUGUACUUGGUUAUGGACACGCAGCUCAUACUGGGUGGGAAGCACAAAUACAGCAUCAAUCCAGAAGAGUACAUCUUUGCUGCUCUGAACUUGUACCUUGAUAUUAUCACAAUUUUCUUAUUAUUGCUUCAACUAAUUGGACUUUGUCGUUGAUGUGGUUGACUGUUGGGGCUUUGAGACACAUUUUUACUCCAUUUUUUAAACAUAGUUUGAGCUUGUGUCUAUAACAUAUUAGAGGUUGAAUUGAUUUUGGUUAAUUGUAGAUAAAACAGCUAUUAGUAAAAUAGCUAACGCACUGGAAACAAAAUGGCGGUGAAAUAAUUUUCACUCAGAAAUUGCUAUUAAUUUUUACAGAUAAUUACAGCAUCACAAAAUUGAAUUCAAUGCAGUGGUACAUUAAGUAAAAUUGCUAUAGAUAUACAGGUAAGCGAAUAAAGAACAAUGUCAUAUAUUGGAUAUGAAUAUGCAAUAAACCAGGUUUUUGAGGAACAUUUUUACCACCAUUAUUUAAAAAAUAACUCCAUUUUUUUCUGUAAGAUGUUGUAAUACAUGUUCUCUGUCAUGUCACUGUACUUUAAUUUAAAUUUAAUAAAGUAUCUACUGUCAUCCA